AUGACGUUUCCUGGUGCUGGCGCGUCAUCGCUGUUCGCCCUUUCUUCCACACUCGCGCCUGAUCAUGUGAGUGAGAUUCAACUCCAGGAUGUGUGUCUUGGUGAGAUGCUCGGGCAGGGCGCGUAUGGCACGGUGCACCGUGGGGAGUGGAAGAAGGACGGUGAGGAUGAUGUAGUCCUCGUGGCUGUCAAGACGCUUCACGCGAUGACGGGUGUGUCACGCCAGGAGAUGCGUGCCUUCACAAGAGAGGUGGCUGUUUUGAGCCGACUCGAUCAUAAAGGCAUUGUGCGCCUCCUCGGAGCAUGUCUGCGACUCCCACACGUAUGCAUCGUUGAGGAGCUCAUGCAGGGAGGUUCAUUAUGGGGCUUCAUACACGGUGAUGGGUCAUGUCGCUUCGGAAGAAGACUGACAUACGAGGAAACAUUGCGAGUUGCGAAGGAUGUUGCGGGUGCCAUGGCAUUCUUGUCCACCAAGGGAAUCAUCCAUCGUGACCUAAAGAGUCAAAACGUGCUCUUGGCAUCUCGCAUGUGGACCUCGGAUUGGCGAGGUGGAGAUGAUGAGCCCACCUGGGCCAAAGUGGCGGACUUUGGCAUCGCUAAGGCUCACGGACACACGCUGAUGACAACUGCCGGGGCGACACAAAAAGCUCCUAGCGGACAAGGCACACCAGCGUACAUGGCCCCCGAACUUUUCCGAGGAUUACCCGACGCGGGAAUGGACGAGAAAUGCGAUGCGUAUUCAUACGGCGUGAUGUUGUGGGAGUGCGUCACCGGAAGGGUACCCUGGGACUGGAUGGCCAAUCACCUUCAGGUUAUAUUUGCAGUGGCCGUCGAGGGCAGUCGACUUCCGCUGCCGGAUGCAUCUGAGAGCUGCGGCGUGACCGAGGAGCUCAGGGACCUGGUUCUUCAGUGCUGGAAGGAGGAUCCAGCCUCAAGGCCGAGUUUCAAAGACGUUGAGAGGCGCGUAAAGGCGAUGAGACGACACCUUGGGCGCCUGUGA